AUGUCUCCAUACGUCAUCCAGGACUUUGUCAUCGUCAAGAUCGCCGGCCAUGGCGGGUUGAGCGAGAUCAAAAAGGCCUUUAUCGGGGCCUUGCCCAAGAUCCGCAGGGUGCCGUAUGCCCUCAAGAUCCUGCUCAAGCAGAACGUGAUCGAGUACGGCCAGGAGCGCACCGUCAUCCGCGAGCGGGACGUCAUGAGCUCCCUGAGCUGUCGUUUCUGUGUCAACUUUUUGUGCAGCUUCCAGGACGAAGCACGCCUGUACAUUGCGAUGGAGUGGGCCUACGGUGAGCUUGACGAUGUCCUUCGGAACAGAAAGGCAUACGAAGCCCGCUUCUACGCCUGCGAGCUGGUCGUCGCCAUCGACUACCUCCACUCCCGCAACAUUGUCCAUCGAGACAUCCAACCCCGCAAUAUCCUCCUGGACGCCCAGGGACACAUCAGGCUGGGCGACUUUGGCUAUUCUCGGUUUCUCGACCCCACGGAAACGUCGCGGUCCUUUUGCGGCAGCAGCGGCUACACGGCCCCAGAGAUCCUGAUCCAUUCUGAGCACGGCAUGUCAGUGGACUGGUACUCGCUCGGGAUUGUCCUUUAUGAGCUCGUGAGCGGAUCGAUCCCACACCGUCCGUCCGACUCCAAGCUGGACGACUACCGCAACCUCGUCUCCGGCACCAUAUCGUUCCGCGACGGGCUGUUCUCGGAGCGGUGCCGCGACCUCAUCUCGAAACUGUGCGAUCCCAAUCCAAAGAAGCGCAUGGGCUCACAGCGCGGGGCCCUCGAUCUCAAGCUCCACAUGUGGUUCCGCAGCGUACGCAGCUGGAGGGUCGUCGAGGAGGGCCAGCUUGUGCCUCCGUACGUGCCAAUCUGGAGCGACGAUGACGACGACACCAUCGUCGAGGCUUCCCGAAGCAAGUACUCCUCCAGCCUCGCCAAGCGCAAUCGCCGCUCCGGUUUGCCGGGCGUCCGUCGAGUCGAGAUUGUCGAGCACAAGCCGGAUGACAAUGGUGAACGCAAAGCCACAGCCUCUGCUGCUGUCGAUCGUGCCUCUAUCCCGCCGCGGUCAAGCAAGAAGACCGCCUCCACCUCGUCGCUGAACCCGGCCGCCUCAGACAAGCCCCGCCACACGUCGGGAGUGGAUCUCUCCAAAAAAUCAAGCUCGAGCCUCACCCACUCGAUCAUUGGUAGCACCAGUGCAUUCAACAGCUCGAUUAGCGGCAGCACAAGCAUGUUCGGCCGCUCCAGUGCCGAUAAUAUGCUCGAAGGUGAUCUGGGCGACAUCUUCAGGGACUUUUGA